CAUGUUUUGGUCGCCUGCUGCUGUGAAAGCAUCAGGGGAGUGAGAAGGCCAGUGAAGCAGUAAACCCCCCUUCCCCUCCUCUCCCUCUCCUCCUCCCCUCCCUCCCUCCCCCCCAGUCAGCCAGCCAGCCCAGCAGCAGCCGGUGGAGGAGCACAGCAGCGCGUCUAUGGGACACCGAGGGGCUACCAGGAGCCACGGAAACACGGGUCACACACUGGUUUACGCGGCGUGUUUUUUUUUUGUUGGCUCGAGCUGUUUUUACCGUGAUUUAAAGGAACUUUUUGGAGUCUCGUUUUCACUGAGAAACUUUCACUUAUGAUUCGCGAAUAUGAGGUCAAGUUGUGGUUUCUCUCGGGGAAACAUCGUUUUGAUGGUGGUGGUGCUGCUGCUGCCAGAAGGAGCAGCCGGACUGUACUUCCCUCAGAAUGAGUACAUUGAGACGGUGUAUGUGGGCCAGCUGGCAGGGACUCCAGUUCUUCAAAUCCACGCCAUGUCGGACAGCCAGUCUGAGCAGCCGCACUUCUACCUGUGCUCGAGCCCUCUGAGACGUCCGGCCCACAGCUCCUGGUUCAAUCUGGACGUCAACACUGGAGUACUGUCCUUGAACAAAACCUUGGAGGAGAGCGACUUCGCCUUGCUAUCACAAAAGUCCUGGUCUGUAAAGAAGUUGUUGCUUCAUGCCAUGGUGUUACGGAGCCCCCAAAAAAAGUCCCAGUGCCCCAGAUACCCUGCUCGGAUCAUCCUGGACUUCGUCAACUCCACGAUACCUACGUGUGAUCAGACAGAUGUGAAGGAGCUGUGCUUCCCGCACAGAGACACCUCUAACCCCCACAUCAUGGAGAACAGGUUCCCUCAGGCUUUACGGCAACUGAGGCGUCUCACCAGACUCACUGUUUGCCCCAACUACACCAUAUCAUACGACGUUGAAUCAGACGACCCAGCACCGUUCAUUGUGAAUGAGAACACCACAGAGCUGAUGGUGAUCUCCUCAUUGGACCGGGAGGAGAAUGAGCGCUACAGACUCCUGCUGGUGUGCACUGUGAGGACAGACACAGUCAUCACUAAGGUGGAAACAUCUCUGGAAGUGUUUGUUAACGAUGAGGAUGAUAAUGCUCCGUAUGUGAACGGAUCAGACUCUACAGAUAUUAUCCUCAGCUUCAAUCGGACAAAGGGUGGCUCGUUCGGCACUCUGUUCGUCUUUGACAGGGAUCUGACCCCCAUCUAUCCCAUAGACCAGAGUCACAAUAAGUAUGUAGGGACCUUUCUCAAUGCUGACCCCUGGACAAAGGAAACAUUUGACAUUAAAGGCACCUUCAGUGAAAAAAAAGCUGCUCACGGAGGCGUACGAGAGACAGUUCACAACUACCAACUCGUCCUGAAGAGAAACCUGUUAGUGACUGAGAACCACACCCUGCAGCUGGACUACCUGGUCAAUGACACCACCUACCCCGGUCCAGAAGGAACAGUGCUGCUGCACUUUAAUGUCACCAUCUUACCGGUCCAGAUCCGCUUCGCCAACAUUACUCAAAUGUUCUCACUGACACGCAAAGCUUCUGUCUAUGCUCAGGUUGGUAGAGUCUGUGUGGAAAACUGUCAGCAGUUUGAUGGAUUCAGUGUCUCUUACCGACUCGAGGUACCCGAUAAGAAUAUGUCUGCGAGUGCACAAGCCUGCUAUGCCGCUGUGAGCAUCACCCAGGCCUCAGACGAGAUGUGGGGAAUGCUCUAUGUGAAUGACUCAGAGGCCCUGCAGAGACCUGAAUGCCAGGUCUUGCAGUACCUAGUUGUAGCUCAGGAGCAGCACACAGAACUGGAGGCCAGCACACAGAUCCACAUCAUACUAGACGGUGAAGCAAACAAGGCCAGUCAGAAGGAGCAGGUUUUCCUGUCCUGUGCAGAGAACAGACGUCGUGGAGACUGUGAGUCUGUCCGGGGCCUGGGGGCGACGACAGGGAGGUGCCAAUGGAGGCAGGGCAGUGAGAAAGGUAUCUCAGAAAAUUACUCAACCUGCUCUCCUGACCUGCAGACUUGUCCAGAUGGCUUUUGUGAUGCAGUUGAAAGCAAAGACUCAUCAAUAUGUCCACAGGAUUGUACAAAGGAAACUGUAAUCGGAGGACAUGAACGAGGCUUGAGGAAUGGCAUCCAGGCCGGCUAUGGGACCUGCUACUGCUACGCUGAGAGAUGCUUCUGUGAGAAGGAAGACAUUGAGGAGAUAUUAUGUGACGACAUGUGUAAAACCGUCAUUGCUACGGCACUGCUCCUCUCCUUUAUCGUCUCAAUCAUCAUGUCAUCAUACUUCAUCCAUCGGUACCACAAGAACUCCUCCAAGCCUCCUAUUGCCUCUGCUGAGAUGACUUUCCGCCGGCCAGCCCAAGCGUACCCCAUCAGCUUCCCUGCAAACAACUUGAGACGAGGCUCGCAGGAAUCCAUCGAAACGGACACCUUUAAAAUACCUGAGGAUCCUAAGUGGGAGUUUCCUCGUAAAAACCUCGUACUUGGCAAGACUUUGGGUGAAGGAGAGUUUGGGAAAGUCGUCAAAGCGACGGCAUUCAGGCUGAAAGGAAAAGCUGGUUACACGACUGUGGCUGUAAAAAUGCUUAAAGAAAAUGCGUCCAACAGUGAGCUGCGAGACCUGCUGUCAGAGUUUACUUUGCUGAAGCAGGUCAACCAUCCUCACGUCAUAAAGAUGUAUGGAGCCUGCAGCCAGGACGGCCCGUUGUAUCUGAUCGUGGAAUAUGCAAAGUAUGGGUCACUCCGCAACUUCCUGCGGGAGAGUCGGAAAGUUGGCCCGAGUUACAUGGGCAGGGACGCCAACCGGAACUCCAGCUACCUGGAGAACCCAGACGACCGGGCCCUGACCAUGGGGGACCUGAUCUCCUUCGCGUGGCAGAUCUCCAGAGGCAUGCAGUACCUGGCUGAAAUGAAGCUCGUUCACAGGGACCUCGCAGCACGAAAUGUCCUCGUGGCUGAAGGACGGAAGAUGAAGAUCUCAGACUUUGGCCUUUCAAGAGACGUGUACGAGGAGGACUCGUAUGUCAAGAGAAGCAAGGGCCGUAUACCUGUUAAAUGGAUGGCGAUAGAGUCCUUGUUUGAUCACAUCUACACAACGCAAAGUGACGUUUGGUCCUUUGGCGUGCUGCUGUGGGAGAUAGUGACCCUUGGAGGAAAUCCAUACCCGGGUAUUGCGCCUGAACGCCUCUUUAACCUGCUAAAGACCGGCUACAGGAUGGAGAGACCAGAGAACUGCUCAGAGGAAAUGUAUAGCCUCAUGAUACGAUGCUGGAAACAGGAAGCAGAAAAGAGGCCGUUAUUCUCAGACAUCAGCAAAGAACUGGAGAAGAUGAUGGUGAAAAGUCGAGAUUAUCUGGACCUGGCGGCAUCCACACCAGCAGAUGCCUUGCUCUAUGAUGACGCGCUCUCUGAAGAGGACACACCCCUUGUGGACUGUAAUAACACCCCUCUCCCUCGAACCCUCCCCUCCACAUGGAUUGAAAACAAGCUCUAUGGCAUGUCAUACCCGAACUGGCCAGAGAAGAGCCCGGUACCACUCAACAGACAUGAUGCCACUAAUCCAGUCUUUACAAGAUAUGCCAAUGAUAGUGUUUAUGCAAACUGGAUGGCUUUGCCUUCACCUGCAAAAGCUGUGGACAAGUUUGAUAGCUAGACAAGCACCAACCCUGUUGAAAAGUUGACUGUAUAUUUGUAUGUACAGUCAACUGAUAUGUAUAUUUCACAAAGACUGUAUAUAUGUUAUCUGAUACUAAAGUCGGUUCCCUUCUAUUUUUGUUGCACGGUGUUCAACAGUUAAAUGGGGUCAGUCAAGUGCAAAAGCAGCUGGAUCAAUAUAGGCCAUGCUUCAUUCAGCUCUUUAGUAUCACUUAUUACCUCAUUGGUCAUGUUGGCCAAGUAAUAACACUGCAUGACUGUUGUACCAGAUUGUAUGCCAGUGUAAAUGUCUUUUAAGUGCCUGUGCUGCUUCUACAAUAGUCUCGAACUAUGAAUGUGCCACUGCAAAGAUCUUGUUCCAGCCCAGGAAUUAUUGGGGACAUAUUUACCAUCACCUGUUGUAGACAUCAGGGGUUGAGUGGACGAAAGCAAAAUGCUAAACAUGUUCUGAAAAUUUAAAGUUUCUACUUAGAUAGUGCCCUUUAAAAUGUCAAGGAGCUUUUUCAUGUUUCUCCCACACGAUGAUUCAUACCGUUCUUGCCAAAGAAAGGACAUGUUUAGUGAACACUUUUUGUUUUCCGUGUCUUUCUUUUGUACAUGAAAAAUAUCACCUCAUGAGAGCUACUCCCGUGUAAUGACAUGAGACGUAAUGUAAAUUGUGACCAUGUCUUUUGUCAGGCUGUUCAAUUUUUGAUUCAGUGUAUUGGCAGUCUUUAUGGAAAAGUAUGAUGUGAACUAAUAAGUGUUAUCACUGUUCUGUCGUUAUUAUAUGAUUAUGUUCCAAAUAAAACUUAAAACCAGUCACUUGAA